AUGUACCUUAUAUUUGAUGAUUUAGAUAGUUAUCUACAGCGGUUCGAACGUUUAGCAGAACUGCAUGGGUGGAAGCAUGAGGACUACCACGUAUAUCUAGGUACAUCAUUACGUGGUCAAGCACUUAAGGUGUAUAUUUCUUUACCAGAUGAAACCCUCCGAAAUUAUGAACGUUUAAAGGAAGCCCUGCUUAGAGCAUUUGCUGUUGAUGCAGAUUCUUAUAGAAGAAAAUUCAGAGAGAGUAAAUGUAAAGAAAAUGAAUCAUAUGUACAGUUAGUGGUUAAGAUGGAGCAGUAUCUCGAUCGGUGGCUGUCCAUGAGUAAUGUUGAGAAAGAUUACGCUCGUCUAUUUGAUUUCCUUAUCCGGGAACAGUUACUGACAAAUUGUAGUUCUGAUUUACGCGUGUUCUUAAAGGAAAGAGGGUGUGAAAGCGCAACGGAGAUGGCGGAAGCAGCAGAUAGAUAUCGUAGUGCUCACGCAUAUCGCGGAAGCAAACUGUCAAGGCCGGUGCAAAAACAGAGUUCACCUAAUUCUGAUGACAUUAAAUGCCAUGGAUGUGGGAAGCCUGGUCAUAUCCGUCCGAACUGCCCUAGUAACCCUAGAAACUUUAAGCAAAAGACAGAGGGUAAAGUUAAUUUUGUUUUUCAGUCUGAGAUGAAACCACAAAACAGUAUAAUUGAUGCUGAAGGCAAGUUGUUUGAAAAACCAGCGGAGGUUAUGUUUGACACGGGAUGUUCGACUGUAAUUGUUAAUGACAAAUUAGUGCCUGCAAGAUUUAGAUUGGGGCCUAUGGUUAAGGUUUAUGAUUAUCUUGGGGUUCCAAAUUCCUUCCCUAAGGUCAGAUGUUUUAUUCAAAGUAAAUUUUUUUCGGGGUGGAUUAGUGCUAUUGCAGCUCCCCUUAAAUUUGCAGACGUGCUUAUCGGACUAGUUCCUGGCGUAAAAUUGCCUAGUAAGUGCGCCACUACCUCGCUCGAGCACGAACAGAGCAAAGACGUAGGCGAUGAUGCUUCACAAGCUCUUACAAAGGUAGGCGAUGUUUCUGUGGGUAAUGACUACAAAAUCGCGGAUAAAAAGGAUGUUAAUGAGUCUCCUGACGUCAUUGCUAUGAGUGUCCAGACUCGUUCAUCUAUAUCAAAAGUGGCUAAGAUUACCUCAUUAGCUUGUUCAGAAUUCCUAGACCUAAAUAUAAAUAAAGAUCAAAUAAGGGAGGAACAGCUAAAUUGUCCAACUCUUCAAUCUAUCAGGGAAAACGUCAAAAGCGGAAAACGUGUGAAAGUAAAAUCGCGCGCAGUAAAAUUUGAAAUAAUAGGCGGACUUAUUUACAGGGUAUGUCUUGAGAGCAAAUAUGAUUACGAAAUUGGAAGUAAGCAGCUUGUUAUUCCAGAUAAGUACAGGAUUCACGUCCUAAAUCUGGCUCAUGAUUCACUGACUGCCGGACAUUUCUCUCAUCGGAAGACGAGUUUUAAAGUAUUUUCUAAAUUCUUUUGGCCCGGUGCUGGCGCUCACAUUAAGAGAUAUUGCAGAUCAUGCCCAAUAUGUCAGAAAUUUUCAGCCAAGGGAACUCUGUACCUCUGA